UGAAAGUGGAGAUGAGUAAAAGCAUGGCAUUUAAGUUCAAAUUAAUAUUAUCGAAAAUUGAUAUUAUCCGGAUAAAAUGAAUAUAAAAAAUUAUAUCUUUAUAAAUCAACUAGUUUUAAAAUUCGUUGGAUUUUAUCCAAUAAGUAUCACGAGAUACUUUAUAUGUAUUAGUUGCAUUAUGCUCAUUAUUAUACCACAGAUAAUGAUGAUUUAUGCUAACUGGAGUGAUCUAAAUAUAGUUAUGGAAAUAGGAUCAACUCUACUUACCAUUUUGCUCGCUAUGUUAAAAUCUAUCAUUUGGAUAUCCAACCGAGAUAAUUUGGCGAUUCUUAUCGAGUUCAUGAUAACGGAUUAUUGGAGGAUAGUUAAAGCCGAUACAUUCAAAUAUUUAGAGGAAUAUGCAACAUACGCUAAAAUGAUUACAAAGGGAUACUUUAUUUCGAUGAUCAAUGCUUUGGUAUUUUUCUUUAGUUUACCUAUUAUCGAUGUCUUAUUUCAAAAUCAGGAGUCCGAUAAUGUCACCGUAAAGAAUUUCCCAUUUGCUGCUACGUAUCCUACGACUUUUUACAAGUUCCCCUGCUAUGAGAUCGCGUAUGUAUCUCAAAUGCUGGCAACAAGCAUUUGCUGCCUGAUCAUGCUUGCAACUGAUGGUUUAAUCGCGACUGCGGUACUUCACACGUGCGGACACUUCGCGGUAGUCAGAAAGAAUAUACAGCAGCUCGAUUCAUACAUUCACGAUGUAACUAGUUCAAAAAAUGGCUCGCAACACAUAAGCGCGAAUUUAUAUGAGGUAAAAAUUCAAAUGGCACAUGUAAUUAAACAUCAUCAAACGGUACUCCGGUUUUGCGAUAAUAUGGAAAAGAAUUUUCAUCCAAUGCUCUUUUUACAAACAAUGGCCAGCAGUCUUCUUAUAUGCUUCGUCGGGUUUCAAGUAUCGAUAACGUUAACGGAACAAUCGAAAAUGAUCAAAUUCGCGUCUCAUUUGAUAGUGGCCUUUUUCCAGUUAUUACUCUUCUGUUUCCCCGGUGAUAUAUUGAUUCGAGAGAGUUUCAGUAUAAGUACAGCUGCAUAUUCUACAGAUUGGUGGCAAUUACCAAAUUUCGUCGAGCACGAGAUACGCAUGAUCAUCUUACGUUCUCAGAAGCCAAGUUUUGUCACUGCAGGAAAAAUAUAUGUGAUGCAUUUGGAAAAUUUCACGGCGAUACUCAGCACAGCGUUUUCAUACUUCGCGAUGCUUCGAAGCUUCGAAUCAGAAGCUUGAUUGGACCCUCAUAGUGAUUUCACAGGCUCGCCUAAAUGGACCCUCGAUCUUUAACGGCCCCAUGGCAUCAACCAUAUUGUGCGUUAAACGAAACGGCACACGUUCCGGCCACUCGAACAACUCUCCCUGAUAGUAAAGAAAAUAUCUUCG